CGCGAAGAGUUUUAUGGAAGGAAUUAUGGGGCUAUAUAUUGAGCUUUUCCCAGUCCGUGGGAUGCAAGCUUUUCUUUUUCUUCAGUCAACUCACCGAUAGCCUUCACUGGAUCCAGCAUGCAGCUCAUCCAGUCCCUCUCUGGCUUGCUCCUCGCCAGCAGCCUGCUGCCUGCCGUCGCAGCUAACCCUGCUGUCCGCCGCAAUGGCUCGGAGGUGAAACCUGCGCCAAUUGCGCCGAAGGUCUUCAUCGUGUCGAUGUUCGAACCCGAAGCCGCCGCCUGGUGGGGAAUCCCCGAGUUCGACCUGCUCGCGCACAACAUCACCGUGCCGGGCGCGUCGCCCCUCUUCCCCGACGUCCACUGCACCCCCGACCACUCCGUCUGCCAGCUCAUCACCGGCGAGGGCGAAAUCAACGCCGCCAUCACCGUCUCCUCCAUCGCCUUCUCGCCCCUCUUCGACCUCUCCCACACCUACUUCCUCGUCGCCGGUAUCGCAGGCAUCAACCCCGAGCAGGGCACCAUCUGCGCCGCCUCCUUCGCCCGCUUCGCCAUCCAAGUCGCCCUCCAGUACGAGAUCGACCUGCGCGAACUCCCCGGCAACUACUCCACCAGCUACAUCCCCCAGGGCGCCCAGCGCCCCUCCCAAUACCCCACCAGCAUCUACGGCACCGAGGUCUUCGAGGUGAACGCCGAGCUGCGCGCCCUGGCCGCUGGGUUCGCGCGCAAGGCUAACCUCUCCGAUUCCGACACCGCCAAGGCCUACCGCGCCAACUACGCCAACGCGACUGGCGACAUCUACAAGGCUGCCACCCGCGCUCCCUCCAUCCUCGAAUGCGACGUCGCCACCACAGACGUCUACUACUCCGGCGAACUCCUCGGCGAGGCCUUCUCCAACACCACGGCCGUCUGGACAAACGGCACUGGCACGUACUGCUCCUCCGCGCAGGAGGACAACGCCACGCUGGAAGCCCUUCUGCGUGCGUCUCUGCAUGAGAAGCUUGACUUCUCGCGUAUCGUCGUCAUGCGCACCGCGUCGGACUUUGAACGCCCGUAUCCCGGGCAGGCGGCGCUCGAUAACUUGAUGUUCGCGGACCAGGGCGCGUUUGAGCCUGCCGUGAAGAAUCUGUACAUUGCGGGCAUUGAGGUCGUGAAGGGGAUUAUUGGCGGGUGGAAUGAGACGUUCGAGAAGGGUGUCAAGCCGAGUAAUUAUGUGGGCGAUAUUUUUGGCACGCUGGGGGGAAAGCCGAAUUUCGGGCCGGGCAGGAAGCAGGCGUUGAGUGAUGCGGGGGCGAUUACGAAGAGGGGGUUGAGAGGGGGUGUGAAGGUUGUUGCGUAG